AUGGGGCAAAAGCCUUUUAUAAGCAUAGAAAACACUCUAUCCAUUUCACCUGAUAACCACCCAAAACAAAAUGAAAUAAAUGAUUAUAGUUUAAUAGUAAAUGAAAGUUUAUUUACUGAUGUUAUUUCUGAGAAUCUGAAGAAUCUGAAUGUUGAAAAUGACAAUGCUAAGAACCUGAACGUUAAAAAUAACAAUGCUGAGAACUUGAACAUUGAAAAUGACAAUGAUGAACUGCUAAAAGACAAUUCUAAGAAUACAAGUCACCAUUUAUCUUCAGUUCAUAUUGAGUUAUAUUGUGAAAAAACCUUUGAAACAUGA